AUAUGAGCCCUUAUUCAAAAAUGUUCUCAAAGUGUUUUCUGAGUGUAGGGUCAUGUGAUACAUAUUUUAUGGCCAAUUUUACGCUUUAAAAAAUCGUUGGUGUGGGUUACACGAUCAUUAGGGCCGGUUUAGGUUCUGCUCUGGUGGAAGUCAGGCCAAGGUCAAGUAAAAAGGGUCAAAUUUUAAAGCUAAUAUUUUUGCAUAAAAAGGAUACCUAUUCGAUGCAGCUUAUCACGGGGAAUCCAAUGGGGCUCUUCAUUUUACUCUGCGUGCUCUAUAACGGCAAAAAUAAAUGAGUUUGAAAAAUUUUACGGCGUAAAUGUUGAGUAGUUUUUUGCCAAAACUUUGCCAAAAUGGAGCAAUUGAGGUCAAAUUUGGCAUGUUAAUAGCAGGCUAAUAGUUCUGUAGCAUAGUUAUAUUGCGUUUUUAAAGUUGGAAAAUUUUGGUAUUUUAUGGUAUAAAUUAUUCAAUUUUGAUUUAGUUUUUGGGGCCUAAAUCGAAAAGCGUCAAAAACGCGAGAUAAUAGCCCUGUUAAUUUUACACCUUUUUAAUAUUAAUUUUUUAUCUCCCUGCAAAACUGCAGGCGUGACAGCUAUUCCCACAAAACCAUUUUUGGGUCGAAAAUGGCAGAACAUAACGUCACUCUGACGUCAUUUACGGCCAACCUAUCAACGGCCCUGGAAAAAUAUGUCAUCACAAGGUGUAAAACUGAUGCUCGGAGGGGUCCUGAAAGUUUUGUGGCGAUAUCAGCCGCCGGUGGUCAUCACAGCAGAGGCCAACCGGUGGGACGGGCGGCAUCCCCGGCCGGUCUGGCUGCUCAUCGAACGGACGGGCGCCACUCGCGGCCCGAACUCAGAGACUGACGGUGUCGCACACCGCCGUCUCCGCUGCCAUGUGGUUCCCGAGGGAGGUGCGCGCCGGCCUGGCGUCGCUGGCACUGCUGUUUCUGCUGCAGGCGGUGACCUUCAGUACCUGCCAGCAGAACCGGUCGCUCAUGCCGCCCAGCGUUGCCCUGGGACUCGGCUCUGCGGCUGGACCUGGCCCCACACAAGGGCUAGGCUUGGCGCCGGGUCCCGUCGCCGCACUGCUCACAGAAAGAGUAAAGCGCAACAUGGACUCCGGUAAAAUCCAGAUAAACGACCCGAUGUGCGGCCUGAAGCCGCGGCGGAAGCGUCAGACGGGGACGUCGGAAGAAGGCGUGCUCAGCGUGGAGCAUGAGCUUUUUAUCGUCGGAGGAGCGACCGCGGAGGUCGGACAGUUUCCCUGGCUGGUCGGCGUUGCCAACUUCUUCAGUACCGCUCCUUUCUGCGGCGGUGCCAUCAUCAACGAGCGCUUCGUCGUCACCGCCGCCCACUGCCUGAUAAGCCGGUCUGCAAUCACGCUGGCCGUGCUCGUCAACAAACACCUGAGGAAGAACGAUGAGCGACAGAUCAAGUUUAGCAUCGAGAAGAUCAUCCGACAUCCCGAUUACAACCGAAGGACGGUCAACGAUGACCUGGCCCUCCUCAAGCUGAAGGACGGGGAGGGCCGGCUGCACGACCUUCUGGUGAGCGGCAUCGUGCGACCCAUCUGUCUGCCUGAGGAGCCGUGUGCGGGCACCGGCCGGCCGGCCUGUCUGCUGGAUCGCGACGUCACCAUCGCCGGCUGGGGCUCGCUGGCCGAGGAGGGCGCCAAGCCCACCGCCCUGCAGGUUGCCACCGUGAAGGUGCUGCCCAACGAGGUCUGUCGUGACGCCUACCGCAACGCCUUCCGCGGGAUCACCCUCACCGUCAACGACGACAUGCUGUGCGCGGGUCAGCGCGACGGCGGCACUGACACCUGCGAUGGUGACAGCGGCGGGCCGAUGAUGCUCGAAAUCAACGGCAAGAUCACCCUGGUAGGCGUCGUCAGCUUCGGCAAGUUCUGCGCGUCGCCCGACUACCCCGGCGUCUACGCUCGCGUCUCAGAAUAUACCGAGUGGAUCAUCAACAACAGCCGCGUCUGAAGUCACCAGCUGCGAGAGAGACGGUCUCAAGGAUAUCUGUACGGCAAACGACGGAAACCCCUACGGCCUCGCGUGCUGCAUGUGCGACCGAUCACUUGCUGCAGAGGUCAAUCGGAUACCGAUUUGUGAUAUACCGAUAUCACUAACUGAUACCGAGAUGGUAUUUGGCAUUUCAUUCCUGAUGUGUUUGGUAUUUUGUUGGUAUUAGCCGUUUUCAAGACGGCCAUCUAGUACACAUUUGGUGCAGAUUAGUUGCAGAUUUGGUGCAGAUUUAGUCAGAUCAGGUUCGCUGUGCUUCUUGAAAAUUAUUAGCUUGGUUUGCACAGGUGGUAACAUACCUUAUUUUUGAAUUAGUCAGACCGACCUUAUUUUCGAUUAAUAAAACAUUGAAAGGACUUCUUGAUAUGAAUAAUGAAGAUAUUUACUGUAAAAGAGAUUUGUUGCAGAUUUGAUCAAAUUAAGAGCAAUCGCCAGAUAGUCUGUCGUGAAAAGAGCUUUUAUGAAUCCUCGCUAUCUAAUGUAAAAAGGAGGGACUGUGAAUUUCGUAAGAAAUUAGUAUUUCCCUCAUAUUCCCUAGUUGGUUCGAUUUCGCUAUUUUCCAAUGGAUUUGGUUGGUACUUAGUUUGGUAUCGGUAUUCCGAUUUUCUCUAACCCGCGCCCCAGUGGCGGUCUCAGCCAACU